AUGCCACCACUGCGCCCGCUUUCACUCGCUUUACAUGCUAUCAGACACUCACAGCUGAAGUCUCGAGUUACACUCCAUGAUGCACGCGUCUUUCUCCGGAGCUGCUCGUGCUCUGCGCCUCGCCAGUUGCAGCACACGGUGACCGUCUCCUCCGAGGCGCCUGCAGAUGCGCAAUUGAACCCCACAACCGCCGACCCGCCGACGCCUCCUACAGAUCAUCGAACGCUUGCUCAAGUCCACAACCUCUUCAUAACAUCCCCGUUCAGCCCAGGGUCACCGCUGAUCCUACCCAAUGGCGCAUACGUCUUCCAGAAACUACAGUCCUUCUUGAGGGCGCAGUAUCCUCAAUUUGGAUUCCAAGAGGUCAUCACACCCAUCAUAUACAAGAAGUCAUUAUGGGAGAAAUCAGGGCACUGGGAGAACUAUGCCGAGGACAUGUUCAGUGUGCAGGGCAGAGGCGCAACAGGACAAACGGAGAAGGCACAGGUUGGCGAGGACGAAGAGUUCGGGCUCAAGCCAAUGAACUGCCCUGGACAUUGCCUUCUGUUCAGAGAUGAGAUCAAAAGCUACAGAGAUCUUCCAAUCCGAUACGCCGACUUCAGUGCGUUACACCGGAAUGAGGUUUCGGGCUCAUUAACGGGCCUCACACGGGUACGCCGGUUUCACCAGGACGAUGCGCACAUCUUCUGCCGACCGGAUCAAAUCCUGCCCGAGAUUGAGCAGACAUUGAAAUUCGUGGGCAUGGUGUACAAUACGUUUGGCCUGGGCCCGUACAAGCUACUUCUAUCGACCAGGCCAAAGGACAGCUUCAUUGGUACCAUUGAAGAAUGGGAUCGCGCGGAGAAACAGCUAUCUACAGCUCUCGACAGCAUAGGCAGCGAAUGGGCGAUCAAUGAAGGAGAUGGUGCAUUCUAUGGCCCAAAAAUCGAUAUCAUCCUGAAAGACUCGAACGGAAAGGAGCAUCAAACCGCUACCAUCCAGCUCGACUUUCAAUUACCGCAGCGUUUCGACCUGCAAUACCAGGCUUCGCCAGAAGAGCUGGAGGCCGGAACACAAACUACAAUGGACACGGGCCUUGAUCCGUCCCUGCGCCGUCCAGUCAUGAUUCAUCGGGCCAUCUACGGUUCAAUAGAGCGCUUCAUGGCGUUGCUAAUUGAGCACUACGCCGGGAAGUACCCAUUUUGGCUCUCCCCGCGUCCAGCGACUAUAUUGUCUCUGAAUUCAGAUGCCAAUGUUCAGGCGCACAUUGAACGUGUCAAAGCAGUCUUGUCUGGCCUACAACCACACGAUGCACCAUCAACCGCAUCCUCGUCUUCGCCAAAGCCAUUGCCACUUUCUACCAUACAUCUUCCGAUCGACGUCGACAUAAGUGAUCGCUCGCUUGGCAAGAAGGUCGCGGAAGCCCGGUCAAAGAAAUACAAUCACAUGAUAGUUGUCGGCGGCAAAGAAGCGGAGAAUGAUGCGGUCAACUUGAAGGUCAUGAAUCAACCCAAUAAAGCGGCGACGAUACGGGUACUGGAAGCAGCCCUCGGUCGAAAAGUUACUGAGACAGAGAUAGCGAAGGGCGUCACUCUCCCGCUUGAUGUUGCCAGGAAAUACUUUGAGGACUUGGCGAAUACUUUCCUAUGAAUAA